UGAAAUGGAUGGAUGGCGCGCGCGUAUGUGUGUGUGUGUGUGUGUGUGUGUGUGUGUGUGAGUGAGGAGGGUAAUUUAAGGUUCAGCUUAGUGUGGAGGAGAGUGGGAGUCUAUUUAAAGGAUGCCGCCUCCCUUCUCAUGAAUGAUUCAACAGCGCUAUGCCCCUCCCCCAUGUCAUCGAGAUCAGCUGGAGGAAGAAUCGACUCGGCCAAUGGGAUUAUGCUGCCGGAUUGAGUGUGUAUGUGUGUGUGUGUGUGUGUACACAGCUGAGAGCGAGCCUGGACAAGCAGCAGCAGCAGCAGCAGCUCAGCUUCUGUGUUUGCUGAAAAUGUAGGGCAGCCGUCUCACUUUCUCCUUUUUCGCUGUCUGUCUUUUGUUCUUUUGGCCGUGCUGCCAUAUCUGCAGUCGCCACGGUGACAGCUGCCAUCAUCGCCGCGAGCGCCACUUCCGUAUUUACCGAGGCUUUCCUCCUCUCUGCGUGGAUUUGCAUAGGGGGUCAUGUAACCCCCCACCCCCCCACCCCCCCUGUACCAAACUCCCCCUGAGGAACCAUUGUCUGCAUCAGUGUGAAAGAGAAAGGUGCGCCUCAGGAUCCAGUCAUGAAUUCCUGUUGGAAAAUUAAAAUUCAGAAUGAAAAACCUCUGGGUCAUUCGGCGAGCAGAUCCAGCAAUAUAUCGAAGUGAGCGGUGGUGGUGUUGCUGCUUGCAGGCUGGCAGCCCGACCUCAGUCAACGCCCCCGGCAGCUUCUCAAGAACGUCGGUUUCUCCCUCCAGCCAAGACAUCUGCAGUGCAGAUGAGGAGCGUCAGAAGCAGACGGCGGUGGUUCUCUUGGCUCCUAACGGCAAAAGCGCUGAAGGUCGCGGCGGUGUCACGGUGACCACCGUCUGCACGGACUCGCCGCCCUCGUCCAAGCAGCGGGACUGGCUCUCUCUGCUGCGGCCCCCCUUGGGCGGCCCGCGCCCCCACGGCCCGCUCCGUUUCUCUGUAUCGCUCAACGACGUGGGCCAACGUGUGGACGGCCUCUAUCGCGGCCUGCACUUUAUCGACCGCACCUGCUCCGAAGGGGAGCUGGAGACCGAGGCCGGGGAUGACGCCCGGUCUCCGUGCUCCGUACCGAGGGCGGCGGACGCCGGAAUGAACGGCGGUCCCAACCCGAGUCGGGUCUUCCUGCCGCGCCCCCACCUCGUCCCUUCUUUCACCAACAGCUACAAGUACACGCUGGACCCUUCUGAUGCCCCCCUUCCCGUCCCUCCUCCACCUCCUCCUACUCUUGAUCACCCGCACUGCUCCCCCAGUGCCAACUUCCUCCGCCUUCUCCUCCCCUUCUCCCGAUCCUCAACCUCGUCGAGCCUGCCCAAGUCCUCCAGCGCCAUCAUGGAAGGCAGCGAGUUGGAGUUUGCCCCCGAGGAGAUGGCGAAGGCCGUUAAUAUGGCGCCGCUUUGCUACAUGGACGAGGACAGCGACCUGGACCGCUGCCCGUCCCCUACGUCGGAGAAAACGGAACCGCUGUCGCCCUUUUCGCUGUCUGCCGACUGCUGCAGGAUCUGUCACUGUGAAGGCGACGACGAGAGUCCGCUGAUCACGCCGUGCCACUGCACGGGCAGCCUGCGCUUCGUGCACCAGUCGUGUCUGCAGCAGUGGAUCAAGAGCUCGGACACGCGCUGCUGCGAGCUCUGCAAGUACGAGUUCAUCAUGGAGACCAAGCUUAAGCCUCUGCGCAAGUGGGAGAAGCUUCAGAUGACGGCGAGCGAACGGAGGAAGAUUAUGUGCUCAGUCACCUUCCACGUCAUCGCCAUCACGUGUGUGGUGUGGUCGCUGUACGUGCUCAUCGACAGGACGGCGGACGAAAUCAAACAAGCCCGGAGUAUUCCAGGCAUCAUGGAGUGGCCCUUCUGGACCAAGCUGGUGGUGGUGGCCAUCGGUUUCACAGGCGGCCUGGUCUUCAUGUACGUGCAGUGCAAGGUCUACGUCCACCUGUGGAGGAGACUCAAAGCCUACAACCGCGUCAUCUACGUGCAGAACCGGCCGGACUCGUGCAAAAAACUGGCUCUAGAGAAGCCGCCGCUCCUCGAGCCCAGCGUGGAACACAAGGACACGCUGGCCCCCGCCCACUCCGACACAAACUCCUCGCACUAUACGGAGACGGACGACUACAGUAUGGAGGUGCUCCAUGUGUGACACGCACUGGGUGGCUAGCAGUAGUUAUCGCGUGGGGAGCUCCUCCGAUCAUCUCAGAAUGAUCCACGGGGGUGGGGGGGGGGGGGGGGGGGAACGGCAGAGCCGAGUUGUUGCCUCUUUGCUGUCACGAUGCUGGUUUUAGGGACUUUAGGAAGGACGCACAUGCAUACACACACAGUCUACUAGAGGGACAGGAGAUUAUCUGAACAUUUUCAGUGAAAAUGUCAGCACACAGUCAAGUUUGUUGCCACACCAAGAUAGAAAGACAAGAACACACACACCACGUCUGGUAGAGUAAAAGGAGCUCAAUCUUGAAAAAAAAAUAAAAAAUAAAAUAAAAAAUGUCCACACACUAAAGUCACGUUUGGUGGCACACAAAUAUAGAACGACAAGAAAACCAACACACACACAAUCCAACAUAGUGAAAGACAUAGGGAAAGUAAUUUAUUGUGCCAAAAUGUCAUCCACACAGUCAAGUUUGAUGCCGCACGCAGAUAGAAGAACAAACAAAAAAUGUUUUGCCCAAAAUGUCCCCAUAAAAGGAAAAUGUCAAGUUUGGUACCGCAUAUGAAGACAAUAACACCCACGUAAUAGUGUGAAAGGAGAUCAUCAAAGCAAUGUUCUCCCAAAAUCUCCCCUCAAAGAAAAAAAAUUGCUCAAAUUUGGUGUCACAUGAAGAUAUAAAAACACGCAAACACAUUGUCUACUAAUAACAAAGGAGCUGAUUCAUGCAAUUUUCAGCCAAAGGGUCACCACGAUGUCACGUUUGGUGCCACAUGAAAAUAGCAAGAUAACAUGCAGUCCACACUCAAAGCUGGAAAAACCAGACCACACAUACCCAGUCUUAAGAACAUGAAAGGAGCUCGUUCAUGCAACGUUUGGACACAACGUCCCCUCCAUAAUGUCAACUUGGUGCCACUGCGCUAAGAUGGAAAACCAAGAGGACGGUUGAUUUUUGUUUUGUUUUGACCUCUGCGAGUCGCAGGCCAAUCCAACACGUAGACGUACGUGCAUUGAAGCACUUUUUUGUUUCUUCUUCUGUCGUCUUGCGCGGGAAGGAGCACGUGGACGUCUUCGUCUGUCUGUCCCCCCCCCCCCCCCCCACCCCCUCCAGACGACACAAAAAGCUUAAAACUGAGGAACACUUGCCUUUUAACGAGGAUGUGAAAAAAAAUCCAUGUUUCCCCAAACUUUCUGAAGAGAAUGUACGCUUUUUUGUAAACACAAAACCUAAAAAAACAACAACAUUUUUUUAGAUAUUUUCUAUGUCUUCGAGCUCACCGUUACAACUUUGUAUGUUUUAAUUGAGGAGUGUGCGUGUGUGUUUAAUUAAUGAAGGCAAUCAUUACGUGUGCGUCGUGUACUAUCCGCUGGCUGCUUUUACCCCAUUUGGCUAUGUUUACCUGUACGUGAUUGGCCAUGUUGUUUUUCCCACUGGCAUAGUCUUGUGUAAGAUUAGCCAAAAGCUGUAAAAAUAGCCUCAGGAAAAUACAUUUGUGCAGUCAUGUAAAAAUGUUGCCAUAUUCCAGUACUGUAAAAUCCCCUGGAGAAAUCCACCGCUGCUACGUCUGCUGUCCACAUGCCACCCAAACAACAAAACAUCAAGUUGCUAUUUAAAAGAUAGCCUGCUUUAGCGGUUUUGUGAUAGGGUGUCUAAAAUUCAUUCCGCAGUUUAAAAUUUACAUUAAGGCAGGCAGGCAAAAUUACAAUUUUGAAUAAAAAAGUGCUUACAUUUCACAAGAAAGUUCAUAAUAUCGGGUCUGUUACAACAUGUUAAAUGUCGGCAAAAUAUUGCAUAGUAAUAAUACAAUGUUGUCUUGACUUUACCGAGAAAAUUAAAUACUUCCCUCAAAUAAAUGCCCCUCCGUCACUCAUCCGAGCUGCGUCGCACGCUGUAGCGCCCUCAGGUGGCGGGAGGCUGGCCUUGCAGAAAGGCAGGACUCUUUAGUUUUUUUGUGUGUGUUAAUGUCGACCUUCAUAACCAUUUUACACACACACACACAAACUCGAGGCAAUUUUUUAAAGGCUCUUUUUAAUACAAGUCACUGCCUGGGAAGAGCAAUGAUCCAACAACAUACUUGGUAAUAGUGACUGCUCGGCAGCAAUAAAUGAAACCAAUGCUUUGUUUGUUUGUUGCAUUUAGUGUAUUUACGUCAACGUCUCAUGGUGGCUUCAUUUUAAUAAUAAACAAGAGGAAGGAUUUUUUGGUUCUGUUGGAGGAAGAUUGACUUUUUUGGAAGCACGGUGCAAUGAUAUGAUUUAAAAAUGAGGGAGGGAGGAAAAGUGCAAUUACCUUUUAUGUUGUUGAUCUCUUCCAUAGUCGCUUGCUUGUUUUUCUCUUUCACUGGGUAUAAAAGGAUCUUUUUGUUUGUCUUGUAUUUAUUUUUCGAGAUUUGUGCAUAUUAAUCUCAACCCCCCCCCCCUUUUUCAAAGUCAUUUUAUGAAAUCGACAUUCCCCAUCCCCCUCUGCCAUGUUUUUCAUUAACAUUCUUUAAAGAAUUGUUGAUUCAAAUGUGUUUUAACAUGCUGUAUCUGAUUCUUUAAUGUAUAGUCAGGCUUAAGGUGGAUGCUAGGCUGUAGAAUGUUUUUUUUUUUUUUUUUUAAAUGGGAGCUGGCUCCUCGCAUUAAGUCUUGAGACACGGGCUUUAGAUGUAAACAUUCCUUUUUAACUAUCCACUUUCGUGAGACAUGGCACAUAAAGAUGAAAGACGUGUUUUUACAUGUACUUUGCUGCUUCGACUCGUCACGUCGGCAAGGGAGGGAGGGUGAAAUGUAAUGUGCAUAAAGCGGCAUUUGUUUACUACUGACUGGACUUGAAGAUCUAUGAUGACUGUUGGCCCUUUCUAUGAUAUCAUUCCACAAGUUUGUCUGUGAACUUGACUUUGGAAUAAUAGUGUAGUGAAAAAAAGUCCCGUUUUUAAACUAAAACUCUUGUGUUUUCUGUUCCCCAUGUUUGAACAAAAACUGUGUAGAAUUUAAAAUGAACAACCAAAUAAAAAUGGAAAUGCUUUUAA